UUAAACCCAGUGAGAUCCCAGCGCUGCAGCCCGGGGCGCUUUCCUGAGAUUGUGGACUCGGUCACACACGGGGAGAUGUCCAGCACAGCCAUGAAGAAAAAGGUGUUGCUGAUGGGAAAGAGUGGGUCGGGAAAGACCAGCAUGAGAUCAAUCAUCUUCGCCAAUUAUAUUGCCAGAGACACUCGGCGACUGGGAGCCACGAUUGAUGUGGAGCACUCCCACGUGCGUUUCCUGGGCAAUCUGGUGCUGAACCUGUGGGACUGUGGAGGACAGGACACGUUCAUGGAGAACUACUUCACCAGUCAGAGAGAUAACAUCUUCCGCAACGUGGAGGUGCUGAUCUACGUGUUUGAUGUGGAGAGCCGAGAGUUGGAGAAAGACAUGCACUACUACCAGUCCUGUUUGGAAGCCAUCCUUCAGAAUUCGCCUGAUGCUAAGGUUUUCUGCCUGGUGCACAAAAUGGACCUCGUUCAGGAAGACCAGAGGGACCUGAUCUUUAAAGAACGUGAAGAGGACCUAAAGAGAUUGUCCCGCCCACUCGCGUGCACCUGUUUUAGAACCUCUAUUUGGGACGAGACACUUUAUAAGGCCUGGUCCAGCAUUGUGUAUCAGCUCAUCCCCAACGUGCAACAGCUGGAAUCCAACUUGCGCAAUUUUGCCCAGAUCAUUGAGGCAGACGAGGUGCUGCUUUUUGAAAGAGCCACUUUCCUGGUGAUCUCACACUAUCAGUGCAAGGAGCAACGAGAUGCCCAUCGCUUUGAGAAGAUCAGCAACAUUAUUAAACAGUUCAAGCUAAGCUGCAGUAAGUUGGCUGCUUCCUUCCAGAGCAUGGAAGUGCGCAACUCCAACUUUGCGGCCUUCAUUGACGUAUUCACCUCCAACACCUACGUCAUGGUGAUCAUGUCUGACCCCUCCAUACCUUCUGCUGCCACUCUCAUCAACAUUCGCAAUGCCAGGAAGCAUUUUGAGAAGUUGGAGAGGGUGGACGGCCCCAAACACAGCUUGCACAUGCGCAUGCGCUAGACAUCUGACCCUGCCUACGUGGGUGCUCUCUAAACGGAGGGCGUCCGUGCCAGGGGAAUGACACCCUCGGGAAUUCCUCAUAUCUGCUGACUUCACUGCAUCCAGGGUGUUUUUUAGAGACUUUUUCUUCCCGCUUUAAGAUGAAAGGCUUUGACCCGGCUUGGUCCUGGAACUUUUGAACGUUAUAUCGGUUGGGAUUAAAGGAGAUCUGGCCACAAGUACAAAAUCAUGACCUACAAGGUGGGAUAGUGGGUGGGGCUUGGGAUCUCAAACACACACACAGUAUCUAUGCCGCUGAUCUUUCUGGGUUGCGGGGGGUGCUGGUGCCUGGGGUUUGGGAUAUAAAUCGGAAAAAACUGGAGGGGGAAGCACAAUUAAAUGUCCCCUUAACACAGAAUUAGUGCCAUACAGUAACCUGUAUUCAACCCCCCCAACAAACGCAGUGGGCAUAUCGUUCACUUUGUUUUUGUUUGUUUGUUUGUUUUUCUGUUCCCUCUGUUCACCGAGUUUUUCAUGGUUUUGCAUUGUUUAAGUGCUGCAUGUGUUGCCGCUUUUCACAGUACAGUCUGUUCCACUGAACGUCGAACAAGACAACAGCGACACGAGUCUAAGGAAGAGUCUAAGGAAACCUGCAAGACUAUAAUGUUGGUAAAAAGUGGUCUCAAAUGAAGCACAUGGUCACAUCUCUCCUUUUUAUAAAGGAUUUACUGUUCGUAUUUCCAUAUUUAUUAUCUUGAUGAUUGCAAAACAAAAUAAAAUCAAAGCAAAUAUGAUUGUCCUCGGAAAUGAA